AACGUUGAGGGUUAAUUUCGUAGAAUAAAUUUUAAAAAUCCACUUUUUUCAAAGUAAUUUUGGCUGGAAAAAUAUAAGGAUUUUACCAUCAGCCUCCACGCAUGGUGUUUUUGUGGUUUUGUUGCUAUUUUUUCUCUCUAGAAGCCGUGGUAUCGAUGCAAAAGCUUUUCCUGAAUUUGUACCGACAGGCCCAAUGUUAUCACCUUCAAAGGGUUAGGGCACUUUCAUAGAUGUCGUUUAUUAUAUCUCGGGCGCAUUGUGCUGCACACAGAUCUCAGAGUUGCGUCAAUUCCUAUUAGUAGCCGUUCUCGUCCGUUGCCUCACUGGGGGGCGGCGAGGGCUGUGAUGUCAGAGUCGCGCGAAUUUCGGUAUCUGCGGUGCUCAUUUUCAGCACUUCUAUCGCCCUCUUCUCUGUGAAACUUUCAAUGCAGGUUCACACCGGCGCAAAGAACCGUACGCCUUUACGUUUAGCUGGCGUAACCUGGGAUGAGCCGUCGCAACCCCCUUGAAAAACGAUGGUGCAGAUCGGGAUGACGGAAAUGAAUCCGGGAACCGUGUACGGUUCUUCACCGGGAGGCAGUCCAGCAUUCAACUGUUCUGCCAUUCGAGCGUGAUUACGCGUCAUAUGGGUUGGAGGGUAGCGCCCAUAAGUUAUCUUCCCAAAUGUGUAACAGUGCUUCGGCCAUUGCGACAUGUCAAUUCAUGGAGUUUUGGGAAGACUCACGGGAUCCACACACGGUCGGUACGGAUACUACCGCAUUGUUAGUUACCCAGCACAAACCGAGCCUGCCAAGAGAGGUUUGCGCUAAUCGGGUAACUGCGGUUGUGUUUGCCGUGUAACUGCAGCAAACCGUAGUUACCCGUAACCUAGGUUAGCUCAACUGCAGUUACGACUUGUCCCUUUCUCGCGGUGUGUUACUAUCCCUAAAUAUCUGCGUAGUUCUCCCACGAUUGUGCUCUUAUUCUCUCACGCAUUAGGAGUGGGGAACAAUCUCACAUGCCAUCCCUUCUCGUUUAUGGGGGUGUUUUUCUGAACAGUCGCUGUCGAAUUUUGCUCAUAGUUUAUUACAAAGUCUAAGAUUUCCUUGCUGGGACUGGUCACCUCAAGAGGCCUAGAGGGAAAGAAAAUAAUAAAAACUGAUAAGACAAGAACACCGCACCCGUCUAACCUUAUCUCCGUAUUAGUGACCGUGUAAUCAGUGCCAUAAUCAUCCCCCCUUAUAGCAUAAUUAAUACGCACUAUAAUACACAUUUUAAUGUGUGCGCAGUUUUGUGAACUAUGUAAUAUUGCGGUUCAACCGGUCGUUCGUGAAUGUAAACGCAAUGUCCACGUGACCUGUGGGUCUACCAAAAAAAAAGGCACCCCUUCGCACUUAGCUGUCUCUUCAAGUGCGCUAUUUUCUCCGUGCAACAAACCUUUAUUUUCGGUGAAAGAAAAUGUGACAAAGUGCCUUCGCGAUAGAAGAAGGGUACGAACUGGGCCGUAUUUCGAGGCGUCGUUUUGCAGCAACCGCUAGACCAUCCAGCUGGGGAGAAAAAGUGACGUACAUUCGUUUGAAGUCAUGUGAAAACACGCUAUACUUAGAAGAUAGCUUCUUAUGCCAUUGUUGCUGCAGUGAUAUGAGCAAGUAACUGUCGCAAGGAGGUACGAUGAAAUUCAUGACAGCAGCGACGAGGUCCCUCGAAGGCAAUAGAAUGUUCUUUUUUUGUUUUUUUUUUCUAUUUUAGUGUGACACAGUGAUGUCAUUCAUCGCUGUAUACCUCGUAAAAUGGCUUCUUAUUUGUUUUCAGCUGUAAGGUAAUACUGUUACGAGACCUUUACCUCCUAUUGAUAGUCCUCUAUUUAGCACAAAACUUUUCUUUGUGUAAAGCCUGCUGGGCCAUGUUGUAGGUGAAAUUAAACCUCAAGAACGUUACUCACGUGCCAUUUAAAAGUAUAUUAUGGACAGUACCUUGUGGAUGCGAUCUUCAUUACAAUGUAGCGACGAGCAUAAAUUUGCGAACGUCAAUUGUUGUCGGAAUACUUGAGGCAUUCUGUAGUAUAGGCAUUCUGUAGGCAUUCUGUGGUUUUCUACAUGCGCAGUACUACACACUUCUCGGAACUCCAAGUGAAGUGCAUACUUAGUAUAGAAAGUAUGCAGCAAGGCCUGCAUGGAAUCUGAGACAACACGCUUUCCACCACACUAGUGAAGUCAUGUCCCGUGGGCCAUGGGUCAGCCGAUGAGCGCAGGGUCACAAAGACUGACACGUGAUUGACCUGGUGCUUGAAAGAAGUACUGAAGAAAAAGCAAGUACUCGUUCAACCACCUGUCAACACGUACCAUCACAGCGAGGGCUCCCAGGGAGGUUACAUUCUUGCACACGGUUGUACCACACAAUAAGAUACCCUGCACGUGUUGGGCUGCUCAAGUUGUUCAAGAUGUUGUGACUCUUUGCUUUAUUGUACGAUACCUUGCUCAAACUCUGCUACAUGAGCUGCCCUGGACGUUGUCGUGUUUCCUUCCCCAUUGUCUAAGAGCCUGAGUAUACGUAAAAGCACACGGACGGACGGACAUCAACACACGAGCACACAGUUUGUGUGUCAACGCUCAGGCUCUUACACAAUGGAGUUCUUACACCUGCUUGACUGCAUAUGCGCCAUCUUGUUGUGUUCCCUUGCUCUGUGGUACGGAAUUUGUCUCUUCAACUCCAAGGACAUGGCUUCGACACCUGAAUUUGAUCUCAACAUGGAAAGGUCGCCACAGUGGAAAGACGUCAGGAAGGAAAUGCACGAAGCCAUUGCGGCGAAAGACGAGGCUCGUGUUCUAAAGUGCCUGGAUGCUGCACCUGCUUUGAAACUGUGGUUGGAUCCUGUCACAAAAAAGUCAGCUCGUUACAAAGCAGUCGAAGAGGCAGCCUUCAAUAUUCAUGGCCUUUUAGUCUCGCGGGAAUGUGGACUCAAGAACACCGAAGAAUCUUCAUGUUACUGGUACCUCUCACCCCUUGAACAAGCUGAAAUUCGUCGACAACGAUAUUACACCACAGAAUGCGAGGACUCUUACAUUGACUAUUUGAAAAGCAAAUCACUGAGCGUCACUAGAUGUGAUGACUUCGGUGUACGAUUGGAGAAGAUGUUUAAGCAGCUCUCCAAUGAUGAAGUAAACAGGAUUAUUCUCAAAGUGGCUGCAAGAGCGCCACACCUGGAAAUUAGGUUCGACUACAACAGUGAAAAUGUUGAAGGGAUCACGGGAAGCUGCAGUCGAGGCGUCGCCGGCCUUACUUUCUACAAAGAACAAAGAGUUUUCAUCGGAGGCCGAGGUGAAGAAACCGAAGUCUGGGGAACACUUAUUCACGAGUUAUGUCAUAUGGCACUUUACCUAGUGUACAGGAAUGAUGGCAAGCCAUAUUACAGGGACGAUAAGGAGCGGGAGAAGCAAUACAGUGACAUCAUGAAUGACAUAAAAUCGAGGCAAGAAGAUAUGAACCUUCUCAUCCAACAAGCUUUUAUGGACAGAAAUGAAGAAGAAGAGUUAAUUGUACGGAUCCCUCACGUUCUGGUUCAACAUGGUUGCGACGAAGGUCAUAGGAUUCUGGAACGGGAAGUACCCGAACUACUCAAUUUUUUCAAGGACCAUGUCAUCCGGGACGUGCUGGAAUACAUUCACAGUGGAAUCCCUUCAGCAGACGCAGAAAAGAUCAAAGAAGAAAACGCUAGACUCCAAAAAUCUUUCAACGUUGGCAAACUUGACGUCAAAUUCGAGAAACCAUUAAAGAAGAGUAUCUGGAAAGAAGGGCCGCUUCACGUACUUACCGGUCCAGAGCUGGGUCUUCUGGAAAUAAUGGUUCACAACGCUGUGAAAUCUUCGGGCCAGCCAUACUUGUUCUUCGAGACAUCCCAGACGGACUGGACAGAUGUGUUAGUGGUCUACAAAUGUGCAUUUGUGCUCGUGACGGUCCGUCCUAACACAAACUUCGGACGGGGCCUCAGAUUUUUGAGUGAAGUGUCCAGUGUGACUGGAGUGAAAGUCAUCUUGCUUGUGGAAGACAGUGGCAAGGAUGACUUGUUGAAGCAAGUGGAAGAAGCACUUUUUGACAAGAAACCUUUAGUGUCUAACGUCCAUGAAGCGAGUUUGGAGCAUGUCGCGAAUAGCUGCAAAGCAGAAGUCUUCAAAAAAUCUCGCGUAGAACUUCAGGGCAGAUAUGUUUCUGGCUUUCCUGAAGCAAUGAAUAUCGACACCUUCUUACGUUGUGUAGACACUUCGGUUUUCCUAAAGCUGUGUGAAUCACUGUACAUUGACGUGGGACCUCCCCUUCAUGAACUAGAAGGAAGUGUUAAGAACUGUUAUGUGGAGCGAGUGUUUACAAGGGCUGUGAAAAUUGACCUGAAAAAGUGCAGACUGGACGACAACAAUGAGGCUUUCGCUCUUUUGGGGUGUCCGGAUGAUUGUGCUACAAAACUUGUACCUCAAGGUUAUCAGGCAAAACAUCAGGAUAAUUUAGAGAGUUUUGAAAAAUUUGUGGUCCUUCAGGAGCCACGUGACUAUGAAGCUCUCCUACGAAAUAAUAACUACAGAGGGAAGGUGGUGCAUCUGUUCCGGAUCAGUGAAUCUGGUGAGGGACUGGUGUGGAUUAAAUCAAAUGGCCCUCUCAGUCACCUUCCAAUGACGGGAAGUGACGAUUAUACUACAGAGGCGUUGCUGAAAGUGUCUGAGAAGGUCGUCCUCGUCACUGGCGCACCUGGUAUGGGAAAGAGUGUGUUGGCAUCUCAGUUGUGUACAGGAUUAAAAACUCGAAACAAGAAGCGAUGGGUGCUCUACGUUGACCUUCCUCAGAGAAUGGCAUUGGUUAAAACUGCAUCGCCUAGUCUGGAAUAUCUAGCGGAUAUGUGCAAAGUAGGAAAAAAUGGUCUGGAGUUCGCUUUGUUCGAAGGAAGCUUGAUCAAUGGAAGCCCUUUCGAGGUCGUCAUCAUGUUGGAUGGCGUCGAUGAAGUCAAUGAGAAAUGUCGAGAGUGUGUGGUGGAACUUGUACAGUUUCUAGCUAAGAGAAAAGUUUACAAGGUGUACAUUUUUACUCGCACUGUGUUUAAGCACCAUGUACAAGAUGCCUUGCACACAGUGUCAUACGAUCUCGUUCCUUUUUCUGAUGAAAACCAGAAUGAAUUCCUCACAAAAUAUAGGGCCCAAAGAGAAACUCCGGCCACCAGGAAUGACGCAUUUCUACAAAAAUUCCAGCAAGUAUACGCGACAUUGAAGGAGAAAAACAAGACAAUCCUGGAAACCCCUCUCCUACUUCGUAUGAUUGCUCAGAUGGAGUGCGGGGAAAUUACAAAGUCGGACGAUUACUCUUCACUUCUUAAUAUUGCUGACAUUUGUGGCGGCAGUAUGUACACUGUACACAUGUACAAGAUGUUUGUCGAGUACAAGCACCUUGUGCACAGAAAAGAGAAGGUGAAGGAAGACAUCUCCCGAAGUACUGUGCGAGGGGACAACCAUGACGCGAAGUCUCCAUUCUACGUAAACCAUGGUCUCCUAGCUAUGAAGUGUAUAUUUCCUCAGGAUGCCUUGGAAACCUUAUUGAGUGAAGACGAAUUAGAGCAGUUAGAUCCCGAAGGAAGUUUCAUCACCGGCGUGGAUUCUUUCAAAGAAGGUUUUGUGAAUAGAAUUAACGAUGGAGGAAUUCCCGAGUUCGUUCAUAAGACCUUCGCCGAAUUUUUCGCAGCUCACUACCUGUUGGAAAGGGCAAAAGGAAGAAAAAAAUCCGGGUUUACGGAAAACGUCGUCGGAUUGUAUGGUGACGAAGACUACGAGGGUGUAAUGCUGUUGUUCGAUGGACUGGCGUCGGCGUCCUAUCCACUUCACUCUGCUGUGAUGAACAACGACGCUUCAUAUUUUGAGCAAGGUGAUAUUCAAACAAAACACAUGCUGGUUCGGGAUGAGAUCAAAAGGACGCCAUGGCACGUAGCAGCCCUGCAUUCUGAUAAAGCAACAUUGAAGAGGCUUCCAAUGGAUGAUGAACUAAUCGAGAAUGAUUUAUUUAAUAUGUCACCUUUGGGGUACGUGGAACUCAUUUCCCCAUGGGACGCAGAGCGGGUGGAAGAUCUGUGGGAAGCGUCUGUUAUGUAUUAUUUGUCGACUAUGGCUAUGAAGAAAUAUCUGCGGACUGAGACUUCAGCUCUGAUAGAGAGAUUCAACGUGUUAUGCACUCGAUGCAGUGAGGAAGCAGUGGAACGUUCUACCGAAAAUCUACGCACAUGUGAAACCUUGGAGCAAAAGAGACAUUUUCUUGAACGAGCAAUAUUCACGGCUGUGAGACACGACCUACGAGGCGUUUUAGACGUGUAUCUGAGCUAUGUGUCCCCGAGAGAGAGUACAAGAGAACUAGACAGAGACAUCAUGGACCAAUUAGAAUCACGCAAGGAACGAAGCUUGAGAUGUUCUGCAGAGUCUUCGGUAAUUGGAAACCUUGACAGUUUUACAGACAGUAGGAAUAGAACUGUCCCGUUUUACGCAAAGACCGAGGCUGUUUGUAAAAUGCUCCUUCCUUACUGCGAUAUGGGAAUUCUUGACAACGAUGGAAACACAAUGUUGCACGUUAGCGAGGAAGAAGGAAAUCUGGAGACAACAAAGUUUUACAUUUACCGCGCACAUUUAUCCGCUAACAAUAGAAAUAGAAAAUUUCAAACUCCUUUGCACUUGACUAGAGAUGCAGAGAUUGUGAAGCUACUUCUUCCUCUUUAUCCCUCAGUGAAUGUUCUCGAUUAUGAGCAACACACUCCGAUGGAUAUAUGUGCAAAGAGAGAUGAUUUGGAGGCCAUGAAGUUGUUACUCCUUCGCAAUAGGACAUAUGACGCAUAUCAGAUCAGACUGAACACGACACUUCAUGUGGCUUCUGGCUCUCGUUCCCUUAAAGCUGUGACGUUUCUUCUACCCCACACAAACGCGCACAUGCUUAACUACGAAGGAGAAACGUGCUUAGACGUUGCUUGGACAAUUUGGAAAUAUCAUUCGAGUGUGGAGUCCAACGUUGUGAGUUGUCUCAUCCCACACUCGCUCAUGAACUCACCUGAAACGUUCGGCUCAUCACCGUUGUACGUCUGGGCGAAAGAUGGUGUAAGGAAAGCGAUGCAAACUCUAUGGCCUUAUUUGCGACACAGUGACCCUAGGCAUGCACAGAGGAUCAGCAGAAGCUACGUGUCUGUGGACGUGCAUUGGGAUUUCCAAGAAGAAAUUUCGUGUCUGAAACUUCUCUUCCUCCAUUUAGAUGACAUCGCUGGUGAUCCUGAUAGCCGCAAACUGCUACAUGAUAUGGCCAAGGACAAGCUACGUAAGAUAAAAGAAGAAAAUCUCAUUAAUUACAUGAAGCUGUUACUGCCACAUUUAAAUCUCAGUGAGCAGGAUUAUGUAGAACGUGGAGUAAAAAAUGAGGACAUCGUUACCUUACAUCGGGGAUGGUCGCACAUGAAUAACACCGAUGAUCUCCACAUUGACGAUGUCAACGCGGAAAUGAUCGACGACGAUGGCAAUAUCAAGUUGCUAAUAGAAGCAGAGGAAGGAAAUGUGGAAGCUGUUAAGAUCCACCUCUCCCAUUCAUCCGUGUGCUUUACAGAUGAAAAAGAGAACACUGCAUUGCACUUGAGCGCGAGGAAGGGACACGCGAAUGUGGUGAAGCUUCUCAUUCCUCUUUAUACAUCAGUGGACGUGAUCAAUGUGGAUGGAAUGACGCCCAUGCAUGUGUGCGCCUUUAAAGGACACUUGGGCGUUGUGAAGUUAUUAUUACUCCGCUCUAGAAUGAGUUCCCGUGACAAGUAUGGAAGGACACCUCUUCACUGGGCCUGUGAAAGUGGUGCCGUUGAUAUCGUGAACUUCCUUCUUCCCCACUCAUUCCCUAAUAUGCGCGACAGGGUGGGUUACACGUGCUGCGUUAUUUCCGCUGAAACUUGGAGAAUGAAUAUUCUGAGAUGCCUCAUCCCUCACUCUCUUAUGAACUGUCCUAAUUGGAUAGGCGAUUCACCAACGCGAAUCUGUGCAAGUUGUUAUAUGAGAGAAGAGCUGGUGACAUUAUUGCCAUAUUCUUGUGAUUAUGACGCAGCGAGUUUAUUGACUAAUCUCGAGCUGCCAUCUCGUUGGGGCUAUACGAGUAUGAGAACUACGCUUUGUCUGAAACUGAUGGUACUCCACUCAUAUGUCAAGGCAGUAGAUAAGCGUUUCUGUGCAACACUCAGCCGCAUUUGGAAGUAUUAUGUAGCGAGUGAUUCAUUGCGGCGUCCAACAAAGACUGAGAUAUCACGACUCCUGAAAUAUGUUCCUCUCUUGCUUCCUCAUACAAGUGUUUCUGCUAAGGACGAUGAAUGCAACGAACUAUUACAAGAAGCCCUCCAAAGUAGCCAAGAUCCCAAAUUGGUUAGCUUCUGUCAGAAAUGCACUCGCAUGAGUGACUUUCAUUCAUGAUGCUGACGAUUGUUGGCAACGGUUCUGGUUAAGCACCAAGUGCCACUGAGCUGUCAAUGGACACGAGCUCUGAAGAUGAUAUAGCAGUUUUAAUAGAGGUAUCAACAGCAGUAUACUGAGUCCUUGCCUUCAUCCGAGAAAGCACAAAUAUUCAUCCAGUGUCAAAAUGAAAGAAAAAAGAUCACUUUUCUGAUUUUUUGUGAUUGUGAUUAUGACUAAUGCAUUUUGUUUCUUCUUGUUCCUUAUGUUACAAAGUACCAUUCCGUAGUAGGUUCAUAAGGUAAUUUGAAAAUGUGUAAAAAAUGUGUCUAUUCCUAAUGUGCUAGUAAUAUGGUUAGCUAUGAUAUGCCACAGUAUUAGAAUACGGCUGCGUGCGAUUAUGUUUGGUGUCAAAUGUAAAUGAACAAAAGUGUUUUUCGCACAUUGGAGAAAGUUUAAUUCAAAUUAUUUUGGAACUCUCGCUCACUUCGCUGCAGAGUUGAAUAAAGUAAAUAUUGUCGAGCGAAACACAUGUGUGAUACAGUCGUACUUUUAUUACGACCUAAUAAAUGUAAGGGUUCCAAAUUGCUUUUCCAGUUAUCGUUACAGAUUACGGAACAUAUUACUUUGAAGUAAUCAAGGUUCGUGUAAAGGAACCUCGACUGACUCAAAUAUGGAUGUUACAAAUUAGAUUUGUGUACGUGUGAUUAAAUGAUUAUAUGCAGUUGU